AUGGGCGCCGCCCUCGCCAGGGCAGCUCAAUUGGCGCCUCGGCAGACUGUCGCCGCCCCCAGAGCCUUCUCGACGGCCUCUAGGACAACGCCGUCUCUGCGCUCUGCCGCGCGCCCGACCGUGGCCAUGCGCCUGCAGACCACCGGCCGCCUGGCCUUCCGGAGAGCCUACGCCGAUGAGGCCCCCAAGCCUAAGCCCGGCAAGCUGCGCAAGACUUUCCGGUGGAUGUGGAGGUUGACCUACCUCUCCGUGCUUGGACUGGCUGGCUACACCGUCUACAUCAUCUACGACGACCGCCACCCCGAGCCGCAGUACGAGGCUGAUCCUACAAAGAAGACGCUCGUCAUCCUCGGAACCGGCUGGGGCUCUGUCGCCUUGCUCAAGAAGCUCGACACCGAGAACUACAAUGUCGUCGUCGUGUCGCCGCGAAACUACUUCCUCUUCACUCCCCUGCUGCCCUCGUGCACCACUGGCACUAUCGAGCACCGCUCUAUCAUGGAGCCCGUUCGCGCCAUUCUCCGCCACAAGAAGGCUGCCGUAAAGUACUACGAAGCCGAGGCCUCCACCAUCGACCCGGACCGCAAGGUUGUCAAGAUUGUGGACAACUCGGAAAUCAAGGGCGCGAUUUCGGAGACGGAGAUUCCUUACGACAUGCUCGUCAUUGGCGUUGGCGCCGAGAAUGCAACCUUCGGUAUCCCCGGUGUCAGGGAGCACAGCUGCUUCCUCAAGGAGAUUGGCGAUGCCCAGCGCAUUCGCAAGAAGAUCAUGGACUGCGUCGAGACGGCUGCCUUCAAGGACCAGAGCAGCGACGAGAUCGAUCGCUUGAUGCACAUGGUUGUCGUCGGCGGCGGCCCCACUGGUGUGGAGUUUGCCGGCGAGCUUCAGGACUUCUUCGAGGAGGACAUCAAGAAGUUGGUUCCCGAGAUCAGCCCGCGCUUCAAGGUCACUCUCAUCGAAGCCCUGCCCAACGUUCUGCCAUCCUUCUCCAAGCAGCUGAUUGACUAUACCGAGAACACUCUGCGCGAGGAGAAGAUCGACAUCAAGACCAAGACCAUGGUCAAGAAGGUCACCAACAACACCGUCGAGGCCGAGAUCUCCCGCCCCGAUGGAUCCAAGGAACGAAUGGUCAUCCCCUACGGUCUCCUCGUCUGGGCUACCGGUAACGCCGUCAGGCCCAUCGUGAAGGACCUCAUGGCUCGUAUCCCCGCGCAGAAGGAUUCCCGCCGCGGCCUCGCUGUCAACGAAUACCUGGUGGUGCAAGGCACCCGCGACAUCUGGGCCAUCGGCGACUGUGCUGUCGCCGGCUAUGCGCCCACGGCCCAGGUUGCGUCUCAGGAGGGUGGCUUCCUCGCCCGCCUGUUCAACAACAUGGCCAAGACGGAGGCUCAGGAGUCUCGCAUCCAGGAGCUCAGCAGCAAGAUGAACCUGCAGGCCGGAAACGCCGCCGAGUCCGCCGAGGAGAUCGAGAAGCUUGAGAAGCAGCUUCGCAGGGUCAAGGACAUCAAGCCCUUCCGCUACAGCCACCAGGGCAGCCUGGCGUACAUUGGCAGCGAGAAGGCAGUGGCCGAUGUGAGCUGGUGGAACGGUAACCUGGCCACCGGCGGUAGGAUGACGUACUUAUUCUGGCGGAGCGCCUACUUGUCCAUGUGCUUCAGCACUCGAAACCGUGUUCUGGUCAUCGUGGACUGGCUCAAGUCCAAGGCCUUUGGCCGCGACGUUUCUCGAGAGUAG